AUGGAGUCAGAGGAGUUGCUCAGGACGAGGUUACGCCAGGCCCAGCUGAAAAGAAGAAUUGGUAGUGUGCAUGCUUUACACCAGCAAAACACGUCCACAUCAAUAAAGUUUGAUAAAACGGACCUGCUACGCAUUCAGAUUCCUCAUGAAGAUCCACUAGUCGUCAGUCUGACGAUUGCAGAAUGCCUGGUUCGGAGACUCCUGAUUGAUCCAGGAAGUAGUGCGAAUGUCAUGCCCAGGGUGACGUUCGACCUACUGGAGACCGAAAAACUCAAACCCACAGGGAAUCCGUUGCUCGGAUUUGAUGGGAAGCGAGUGGAACCCAUUGGAAUAGUAGAAUUGACAGUACAAGCCGCUGAGCGAGUUCUGACUGAAAGUUUUGUGGUAGUGGCAAUUUAUCCAUCAUACAACCUCUUGAUGGGCAGAGGAUGGAUUCACAGAAUUUAG